AUGUUUAAAGUAGGUGAUUUGUAUAAAGACCUUUUCGCCGAGUAUAAGAAAGGAAAAAAACCUAGUAUUGCUCAGAAAGAAUUUAAUGAGUUGUGGGCUAAUGCAAAACAAAAAUAUUCUACAAAAGAAGAAUUUGUGAAGUGGGCGAAUGAUCUUCUAGCAGAUUACCGCCGAAAGCACCAAGCAAAGAAGUCUUCCAAUAUUCUCUAUUAUUGUUCUAAUUCUAAAAAGAAUGCCAGCGAAAAAAUUUCUGUUUUGCCAAUGACAUCCAAUGAGCCAAAUCUACCUGUAAAACUUCCUACGCCUGCGAUAUGCGUCUCACCGAUCGGUACCGAAAUUACUGACGAAGGCAAUGUCACUACUAAAAGCACCUCAACAGGUGCUCGGAAACGUAAAGGUGAAGAUUUGGAUUGUAGCGACGAGAAUUCACCCGAUACACCAAGUGCAAGCAGCUCUAUACUGCAGCCUGUACGUGCUACUCCUGCACAGGAUAAGUUGAAGAAUCAGAUUUCUCUUCUUCAAAUGGAAUUUGACUUAGCUGUUCGUCGUAGGGAUUUUCUGGGCGCCACUGAAAAUGAGACACGUGAUGUGACGAAACUGCGCCGAGAAAUUGAUAAAUGCACAAAAGAACUACGGAAGAAGGAGCAACAUAUGCGUCACUCCCAGUCACAUAGAUUAUCAAUAAAAUCAAAGAUUAAACUUGCUUGCAAUCAGAGUCCGAUUGUAGCUGAUCUUCUUAAGGCGCGUUCUGCCCCAGGUCGCCCACGCCUAGAAGAGCAACAACCGCAAUUGCUAAAAACUAUCGUCGAUUUGGCUAUGUUUGGUGCUUCUGCGGAGGAACGGCGUCGCUCAGAAAUUGUUCGCAGUUGCCGAACACUUACUGACCUCCAUGAAAAGCUAAAGGAGCACGGAUUUCAAAUUUCGAAGAGUGGCACGUAUCUUCGAUUGCUCCCUAGAAAUUAUACCACCUUGGAGGGUAAAAGGCAUGUAGUCACUGUGCCUGUCAAAUUGAGUCGCCCUGAGGCAGAUCACCAUAAGGCUCAUGUCGAUCAACAUUUUUGUGUCGCCACAAUAAGAUCCUUGGAAACGCUGGCAUCUAUUCUCGGGCCAAAACAAGUGUUUUUUUUGUCCCAAGAUGAUAAAGCCCGGGUACCUAUAGGUUUGACAGCGGCAAAUAAACAAGCUCCUCUCCUGAUGCAUGUCGAAUAUCGUGUCUCAUUGCCUGAUCAUGAUUGGGUGAUUGCUGCAAGGCACAAAUUGAUCCCUAGUGUAUAUGCUGGGUGCAUCAUAAAAGGAAAUGAUAUGGGCCGUGCUGAAGCAGUUACUUAUUCAGGGCCAACAUACGUGGCGAUUAGAAGUGGCAAACAUUCCUCUUCGACAGCUUCUACUCAUGCUGUGGACUUCAAUAAGCUUGCUACACUUAACAAUUUCAAGGAAAUUAUGCGGGAUGAAGAAGGACGCCUGAAACCAGUUGUUCUGAUUUCAUCUGAUGGAGGACCCGAUGAAAACCCGAGAUAUCCAAAGGUUAUUUCCCAUGCCAUACACCACUUUGUCAAGCAUGAUUUAGAUGCAAUAUUCAUUUUUACGAAUGCACCCGGCAGAAGCGCAUUCAACCGUGUUGAGAGAAGAAUGGCGCCUUUAAGCCGGGAAUUAUCUGGACUCAUACUUCCGCAUGAUUUUUAUGGAACUCAUUUGGAUGAGCAAGGGAGAACAAAAGAUCAUGAUCUCGAAAAAAUGAACUUUCAGAAGGCUGGAGAAGUUCUCACAGAAGUAUGGACUAAUAUGGUUAUCGACGGCCAUGACGUCGUAGCAGAGUACCUCGAGCCCGAUGACACUGCUGAAAGCUUUGUUCCAGACUUGCCUUCUCUGCAGUGGUAUAGCGAGCAUGUGCGAGAGAGCCAAUAUUUGCUUCAGGUGGUGAAGUGUGAUGACCGCGCUUGCUGUGGAGAUCUGCGGAGUUCUCUUCGAUCUAUUCUUCCUGCACGCUUCGUUAUACCUCCUUACCCAAUUUUGCAGUCGUCUAGUGGUCUAUGUAUUCCGAAGCCUCAAGAGCAUGAUGGCAAGACGUUUGCUACAUUUCUUCUGCGUCGGUCUCUUGGAAUCACCCCAACGCAUGAGGGCUUUAACAAAUUGCCGUAUGACCUGUAUUGCCCUAGUCUGCAAAAGGAUCGUCGGCAACUUAUGGAAAGGACGUGCCAGUGGUGUGGAUUGUACUUCUGUACAAAGAAGAAAGUUAAGGAACAUGUAAAUUCAUGUCACAAGCAACCUAAUCCGAGCAGUAAUAGUGUAGAGAUGCACAAUGUUCGUCCUUCACGCAUCCUCACGCGACGAUCAAUCGGCAGAUCGAAAGAAAUUCUCUGCGUUGUGCGUGAAAAUGAUGACACCGAGUGGCUUGAUGAAACCGAUGUUGAUUUUCAACAAAGCACAGUGCCAACAACUGACCUGCAAGAUGCUUAUCCAGUUGUUAGUGUUGAAGAAUUAAAACCGGUGGCGACUGCGCUGAAAAGGCUGCGGUUGUCGCGAGAUGACUUCGAGCUGGUGAAGGUGAUUGGGCGUGGCGCCUUCGGGGAAGUAUGCGUCGUCAGGGCCUCGUUUAUGCAGGGCACCGAUGGUGGUAAUAUAACUAGUUCGAGUACUGGGACCACGGGCACUGGAGAACGUGUAUACGCCAUGAAAAUACUCAACAAGUGGGAGAUGCUCAAGAGGGCGGAGACAGCGUGUUUCCAAGAGGAGCGCGAUGUUCUCGUAUUUGGCGACAGACGGUGGAUCACGAACCUACAUUAUGCCUUUCAGGAUGAACACAACUUGUACCUGGUAAUGGACUAUUAUUGCGGCGGCGACCUGCUGACCUUACUAUCGAAGUUUGAAGACCGUCUUCCGGAGGACAUGGCAAAGUUCUACAUUGCUGAGAUGGUGCUAGCCAUACAAAGCGUGCACGAACUUAGAUAUGUUCAUAGAGAUAUAAAACCGGACAACGUAUUGUUAGAUGCUAGCGGUCACAUUCGCUUAGCAGACUUUGGUUCAUGUCUGCGUUUGGGUGAAGAUGGCAAAGUGCAGAGCAACGUGGCUGUCGGCACGCCUGACUAUAUCUCCCCGGAGAUAUUAAGGGCAAUGGAAGAUGGUCAAGGGAGGUACGGUCCGGAGUGUGAUUGGUGGUCGUUAGGUGUGUGUAUGUACGAGAUGUUGUUCGGCGAGACCCCGUUUUACGCGGAGUCGCUGGUGGAGACUUACGGCAAGAUUAUGAACCACGCGCGCUCCUUCCACUGCCCACCUCCUGAUGAACAUGCCGCUCAGGUUUCAGAAGAGGCCAAGGAUUUAAUCCGCAGACUGAUUUGCUCUUCCGAGAAUAGAUUAGGAAAAAAUGGACUUCAAGAUUUUAAGAAUCACCCAUGGUUCGCGAACCUGGAUUGGGAGAAUCUCCGCGAGAUGCAGGCGCCGUUCGUACCCGACGUGUCCAGUCCCACCGAUACUUCCAACUUUGAUGUCGAUGACACUGAUAUCAGGUUAUCGGAAGCAGUACCGCCGCCAUGCGCGUCGUCAGCGUUCUCAGGGCUGCACCUGCCGUUUGUGGGGUUCACGUUCACGGCGGGGUCACGCCUCUCUGACCUCGGCGCGCCCGCCAGCCCACUCAGCCCCGCCAAGAAUGCUCCCAGUCAGACAAUGCCGUUUAAGAUUGUACAGACUGUGGAAAAAGGACGACCCACAUUAAGUAUUGUACCGUAUGUUUGGGAGGACGAUGGAAAACUAUUCUGGCCUACAGAAAAAGUUAAAAACCGAGCACGACUCGCAAGAGACGAAAACUCUUUUCCAAAUCCAAAUUGGGACAUUUUGGAUUGCGUGGUAAAACGAAGUAAUAUUGCAACGUACGCCGAAGCGCAAAACGAACUACGUAUCAUGGAAAAUUAUACAGACACAGACAAUGAAACGAGUGAAUCGCGCCCUAGCCCAGCACCUGUAAGACCAGCGGCAAUACCACCAGCAAACCGUUUUGAAAAUAUGGUGCAAAAUUUGAUGCCAAGUGCCUUCAACGCAGGAGGUACUCAAAUUAAUUCUAUUUCUGCUACAAGCAAUCAGAUCGAAGCUAAUGAUGAAAUGUCAUGUUUAACCGUCUUCGACGGCGAACAGUGUAUUGCAAAUCAAAACAUUUUAAUUCAAAAAGUUAAUAACCAAGAAUUAAUACUGCAAAAUCUUGUUGAAAGCGUUAAAAAACUUACUCAAAAAGUGUCCGAGUUGUCUGUACAAUUAGAUGAAUGCAUGUUAACAUUUGUGGAAAAAAUCGAGCAGCCAGUGUCUGUUACGUUAUUAAAAGACGAUAACCAAGUUGAUAAUGAAUCGUUUAUUUUUAAACAAAUAAGUAACAAGCAACAACUAGACAAUCUGGAAAGAAGUUUAAUGAAUAAAACUGAGAGAUCAAAACUUCAACAACAGCUGGGAUUUUUGUUUCAACCAUGUGAAGGCAAUGGCUUAACCUUUGCCUAUAAAUUGAUCGACUCAAUGGUUUCACGGGAGUUUCUGUGUGAAUGCUCCUGGUCUGGGGGAAGCCGUGGCAACGUUUCGAAGGUCCCUAUAAAAGACUACAAAAAUUUUGUCAAAUUCUUCUGUGAUAUGAUACGUUCAUGGGAUUGCAAAUUUACUAUGGGACAAACUGAAAAGUUUUUUAAGGUCAUUCUGAAAAAUGCUGUUAAAAGGAAGUCCAUGAAAGACUUAAGAUCCUCUUCAAAACGAGUCCGAAAAAUUAAAUCAAAACCAAAAGACCAGGCAAGCACAAGAAAGCAAGAAGUUUCUGCUGAUUUAAAAAUUAAUCAAAAUAAAGAAUCAAAUGAAACAUUAGAGAUGGAAGUAGCAGAAGUGGAGGAGGAAAAGGAAAAUAAUGGUGAAGAAGAGAUAGAAGAUGAUGAAGACAAAGAAAGUUUGUGCUAA